AAAAAUCCCGGAAGUUACUGGCGUCUGUAGGCAUGGGGCCUGCUGUCUGUGGUGUAGAGCACAGGCUCAUGGCUCGCACGAAGUGUAGCGGCGUCCGUCGCGGUCCGGGCGGUGGGAAGGGACCCCUGAAACGGCUACGGCUGGCCGUGGAAGGCUUCGUGCGGGCUACCUCCGAGAGCGAAGCCUGCGAGAAUCGCAGCGCUGUGGCGCGCUCCCGGCCUGGCGACCGAAAGAGCCGCAAGGAGCUUCGAAAGAAGAAGCGACAGCUGAGGAAAGUGCGGCGCCUGCAGAGGACAGUAGGCUCCGGAUCAGGGGACCAAGAAGGGAAUGUUGGCCUUAACGGUGGCCCGGAAACUCGGCCGCCCACUGAGAUGAGGCCGACCCCCGCCAAGGCUACAGCAACCCCUGUCAAGGCCAGUGCUCCCUCCGCUAACACCAAGGCCUCGGCGACCCAGCCUAAGGCCAAUAGUUCCUACUCCAAGGCUACCGUGACUUCAACUCAGGCAAAGGCUAAAGGUGCUCCCGGAAAGCCUGGUCCUGCCACCGCCACUGCCCGGAAGCGGGCACUUCUAGCGGCCAAUGAGGAGGAGGACCGAGAGAUCAGAAAGCUGGAACGAUGCCUCGGCCUCCACAAGCGUAAGAAGGGUGAUGGUAGCUCCGUACCGCUCAGUUUCGCGCGCGACGGUCUAGACUACAUCCUGGGGGCCCUGGAAUAUGGGAGAAGCGGUGGCCUGUACGAAAGCAGCGAGGAAGAGGAGGAAGAAAAGGUGGAGACUGGACAGACAUUCUUGGAGAGUGACCCUGAGAGCAAUUCUGAAGAAAGUGAGGAGGACCCAGACUCUCAAGUGCCGCAGGAGGAUCAGGAAGAUGUAAACUCCCAAAAGGAAGGAGAAGCAGAAAGUGGGACAAGAGUAAAUAAAGGGAAUAAGAAAGUGCGUUUUGCAGAAGUUGUAGAAAAGAGCGAAAGUUCUUUGGAAGAUGACUUAGAACAUCAGGAGAGUCACUCUGUUGAAAGUGGUGAAAAGUACAUCCCUCCUCAGUUGAGAAGUGAGGAGACAGUAGAUGUCCAAAAGAAAGAAGAGCUAGACAGGCUCAAGAAACAUGUUAAAGGCCUAAUUAACAGGUUGAGUGAACCAAACAUGGCUUCUAUAAGUGGGCAGCUAGAGGAGCUGUACAUGGCCCACAGCAGGAAGUACAUGAACGAUACUCUGACUGCUGUCCUCAUGGAUGCCUGUGUCACUACCUCAACCAUGCCCAGCAGACUGAUGAUGGAGCAUGUCCUCUUAGUCAGUAUCCUCCACCACACGGUCGGAACAGAGGUUGGUGCUUGCUUCCUUGAAGCUGUGGUGAAGAAGUUUGAUGAUGUCUAUAGAGAUGGAGGUGAGGGGAAAGAACUGGACAACCUCUUUACCAUGAUUGCUCAUUUGUACAACUUCCACGUGGUACAGUCUCUCCUCAUCUUUGACAUUUUAAAGAAGCUUGUUGGAACUUUUACGGAAAGAGACAUUGAGCUGAUCCUGUUGAUGCUGAAAAAUGUGGGCUUUGCAUUGAGAAAAGAUGAUGCCUUGUCACUUAAGGAACUGAUCACAGAAGCCCAGGCCCAGGCCAUUGGUGCAGGCAACAAGUUUCAGGACCAGAACAGGGUACGGUUUAUGUUGGAAACAAUGCUGGCUCUGAAGAACAAUGACAUGCGUAAAAUCCCUGGCUAUGAUCCUGAGCCUGUGGAAAAGCUGAAGAAGUUGCAGAGAGCUCUGGUUCGAAAUGCUAGCUCAGGUUCUGAGACUCAGCUUCGCAUCUCCUGGGAUGGCAUCUUGAAUGCAGAGCAGACUGGUCGCUGGUGGAUUGUGGGGUCUGCAUGGAGUGGGACCCCAAUGAUUGACAACCAUCACACACACCUGCAGAAGCCACUUGCAGGCACGGCUAGCUCUAAGAUGCUGGAGCUUGCCAGGAAGCAGAGAAUGAACACUGAUGUCAGGAGGAAUAUAUUCUGUACUAUGAUGACGAGUGAGGACUUCUUGGAUGCCUUUGAGAAGCUGCUGAAGCUUGGGCUGAAGGACCAGCAGGAGAGAGAAAUAGUUCAUAUCCUCAUGGACUGCUGCCUGCAAGAGAAAACCUACAACCCUUUCUAUGCUUUCCUGGCCAGCAAGUUCUGUGCCUAUGAAAGGAGAUUCCAGAUGACUUUCCAGUUCAGCAUAUGGGACAAAUUUCGGGACUUAGAAAAUUUGUCAGGCACUAAGUUCUCAAACCUAGUUUAUCUGCUGACACACUUGUUGAAGACAAAGUCGCUUCCACUUUCUGUUCUAAAGGUAGUUGAAUUUAGUGAAUUGGAUAAACCCAGAGUUCACUUCCUGCGGAGAGUGUUGACUGAGCUAUUGAUGGAAACAGAAGACGAUGACCUGGUUGUGAUUUUUUCAAGAGUGUCUAGCAACCCAAAACUGGGAAUGUUGCGAGAAGGCCUGAAGCUCUUCAUUAGCCACUUCUUACUGAAGCCUGCACAGCCUCAGCAGAGUGCUGAGAAGGCCAGUCUGCUGCGAGAGAGGGCCGGUCUUGCCUCUAAGUCUUUACAGGGCAAAGCCAUCCUGAGGAUGUAAACAAAGAAUAGAGAGCAUUUGACCAAGAGAUGUGAUUUCUGAGUUCAAGACCAUCCUGCCUUUGUAAGAGCGGGAGGAGUUAUGUCAUGUUCCGUCAUGGUUUAAAUACUGUAUUUUCAGGGUUGUACUGUGUACUUCAAGUGUAUAUGUGUAUACAGCAGGUCAGAGGAAAAGGGGAAAGAAGAUGGGGAUUAAACCCUGAGGGGAGGGUUGGGAUCAUAAAUUGAUGGCUUUUUAAUCAUCUAAAAUGUU